GCCGAGCGUCAGCACAGCCUAGUUUGAAGAAGCACCAGUUCAGACGAGCACUUCCUUUUUCUCAUGAGGAACAACAACUGUCAGGAAACCCUCUGAGACGUCACAGUGGAUUGCUUGCAGAUUCCUCAAACCAAAAUCUGAAUGAAGACAUUAACGAUCAUGGUUUGACUGAAAGAGCAGUCUGAUCCUGACACAUCUGCUGUCAGUCAUGUCGGCGCCUUGAUUUAUGAAGGAGGAACCGUGGUUAAAGCUGUAUUCUCUGAUGACGUGAAUUCAGGUUAUUCUACUUGAAGCUGUGUUUGCUCUGCCGUUUGGCUACACCCGUGUCUACUAAUGGAAAGCACUGUUUACUUCUUGGAGAAUAUCAACUGACUGAACCAAUUUAGGGAAUUUAUUUUCUUCCGUUUUUUAAAAAUGGAGCUCACAACAUAAGAUGCUCCUUUGAACGGUCUGACCCUUGGAAGAGAAGAACUGUGUAAGUCUGUAUGACUUGAACCCAAACCCGGAGUGUGUCUCUCACUGUCUCCAGCAUGCAUUGCAGUCUAAGGAGGAAACGCCCUACAUGUGACUCUGAUUUCUCUGCCAUCGUCGUUCCCUCCAUGCGGGGGUCCGGAUAUCUUGACUACACUGUUGAGAACCAUGCCUCCAGAUCUUUCUUGGCCAUGGAUGAGUUCAGACGGCACGAGAUCCUGUGUGACCUGGUGUUGCGUGUCAAGCGUAAGGAGAUGGUCAUGAACUUCAAGGUGCACAAAGUGGUCCUGGCGUCCUGCAGUGCUUACUUCAGAGCCAUGUUCACCAGGGGCUUCAAGGAGUGCAGCGCCUCRGAGGUCACUCUGCGCGACGUCUGCCCCGAGGUGGUGGGCAGACUGAURGACUUCGCCUACACGUCCCGCAUCACCGUGGGGGAGAAGUGUGUGCUGCAUCUUCUUCUGGCAGCUAUGAGGUUGCAGAUGGAGGACGUGGCCAAAGCUUGCUGUGAUUUCCUCACCAAACACCUGGAGCCGGCUAACGUCAUCGGCAUCUCGCGCUUCGCGGAGGAGAUCGGGUGCACAGAGCUGCACCAGACGUGCCGAACGUACAUCAGCUCACACUUCAGCGAGGUGACCAAAGUAGAGGAGUUCUUCAGCUUGUCUCACUGCCAGCUGCUGGAGCUCAUCAGUCAGGACAGCCUGAAGGUGCUCUGUGAGUCUGAGGUGUACAAGGCGUGCACAGACUGGGUCAGCUGGGACCUGGAGAGCAGGUCUCAGUAUCUUCAUGCUCUCCUGAACGCUGUUCAUAUUUACGCUCUGCCUCCCAAGUUUCUGAAGAACCAGCUCCUGUCCUGCCCCAUCCUCAGCAAGGCCAAUUCCUGUAAGGACUUCCUGUCAAAAAUCUUUCAGGAAAUGACGCUGAUGAAGCUUCCUCCUCCACCAAACCGUGGAAGCCAACUCAUCUAUGUUGUUGGCGGGUGGGAGGAAGGAAUCUGUCUCUUCAGAGUAACACAGACUCCAGCUCUCUGUGCUGCUACAACCCCAUCUCCAACCAGUGGAGUCAGAGAGCCUCCCUCAACAUCCCCAGGAACCGGGUUGGGGUGGGCGUGGUGGACGGCUGCAUCUACGCCGUCGGGGGCUCCCAGGGCUCCGUGCAUCACAACACGGUGGAGAGGUGGGAUCCAGAGUCCAGUCGCUGGUCCUUUGUCUGCCCCAUGUCGGUGGCCCGGCUGGGAGCCGGUGUGGCGGCAUGUCGAGGGUCUCUGUACGUGGUGGGGGGAUACGAUGGACAGAAUCGCUGGAACACAGCGGAGAAGUACCAGCCUGACACCAACACUUGGCAACAACUGGCUCCCAUGAACACGAUUCGCAGUGGACUGGGUUUGGUAUGCAUGAACUGUUACCUGUACGCCAUCGGAGGCUAUGAUGGGAUGAACCAGCUGUGCACGAUGGAACGAUACAACAUCGCCAAAAACAUCUGGGAGCCCAGAGCUUCCAUGCAGCACUGCCGCAGCGCUCAUGGAGUUACGGUUCAUGAAGGACGCAUUUUUGUGUUUGGAGGUUAUAACCAGCACGGCUUCCUGUCCAGUGUGGAGUGUUACUGUCCGGACAGGAACGAGUGGACGUACGUCACCGACAUGCCCGGUGGACUCAGCGGCAUGGGCAUCACGGUCACCAUGGAGCCGUGUCCCGGCUGCAUGGCAGAGCAGGAGGAAGACAACGAGGACAUAUCCAAAUAGGAGGAGGAGGUCCUGAAUAAUGGAAGACUUGUUGAUAUUCAGCAGAAGUUUUAUUCCAACAUCAGUUCAAAAACAUUUAAAAAAAACUCAUUAUGAACCCUUCACCUCAGGGUUUUCAGAUUUUGCACCUUGGGAUAAAAAAACAUUUAUCUUUUUGUGUUUGAAGGACAUGGUGUAUUUAUUAAUUUUUAAAUGUUUUUUUUUUCAUCAACAUGAUUACGCACAAAAAGCCUGACUGAAAUGAUUUUUCCAUUCAUUUUUUCUAAAAACUUACAAAAAAAAGCCAAGUAAAGCAUGGAGGACCUCUGCUCUCUGAGGGCCCGUAUUAUUAAAUAUAAUAUAUUUGUAACUCUUUCUGUCUACUUGGUGGUCAGAUGUUAUAAAAAAAUACACAACUUGAACAUGACCUUGAAUGUCCCUCUUUUCUACUUCCUGUCUGUUCUAAAUUUCUACAAAUUUGUUUACAUUCCCUUUUUUGWGUUGAUGUAAUUUCAAGCUGCUAUUUUAUGAAUUUGCCCUAUUAUUAUGUCUGUUAAAUCACUAUAUUUCUUGUUAAAACGAAGUAUCUCAUAUAAAUGUCAAAUACUUUAAA